AUGCCCAAAGGAAUUAAGGGUGCAUGGCGCAUGGAAAGGCGCGGAGGACAGGGCGCACAACAAGAGCUGGACUGCGAGCUGGGAGCCGGGUGGGCCCGGUCAGCAGCAGCAAGAGGACGAGGGAUGCACGAGUGGUCCCGCACAGGAGGACGCGGCUCACCCGGGGGCGCAGCGGACAAAAAGCAAGGCACGGCGGAGGAGGCGCGCUGCGGAGGUGAACCCCCUCUCCCAAGCGAUGGAAAGGCACAGGUGUUCACGAACUAG